CUCGCGUGCGCUUCUCGAGCCCAUUCCAAGACUUCAAUUCUGCUACACCCGCGUACAUUAUAGAUCAUGCCCCAUCGGGUCUUCAAUCCGUUGUAUUUGCUGUAUUCUUAGAGUUGACGUUUGCCAGCUGCCAUCCCAUUGUUCCCACAUCCUCUGUCACCACCGUCGUCCUUUGUUUGGCAAUCAUUCCUUGGUCAGACCUUCCUCUCGUCCUCCAUCGCGCCCCCGCUCCUACUCAAGUCAGACAUCAGACGUGGAAAUCUACUGUUUCUAAGCGCAUCGCAGUCGCAGCUUCAAGUCGACGUCUUCAAGGCUGGUCAAAAACACCAGGGGACGUCCCGUCGCCUUCGACAUCGCGUCAGAAAUACCCGUCUCGUAGCCCAAGAUGUGUUGAGAAACUCGUUCCCACCUCUCACCACCUAGUCCGAACCCUGUGCAUGUUCUGGCCCUUGAGACAGCAAACAGACUCAGGCAAUGGCCUAUGCCUCCUUAGCCCAACAGGAGCAUGAGCUCGACGCACACUCACCCGAGCCCUUGGACACAACCAGUCAGGUCAACUCUCCUGCGUUUGACCGCCUGCAAGAUCACGAUGCCCCCAACAAUCUCGACCAAGGCCCUCCUGUUUCUUCGAUUCUCCAGUCGCUGGGCUCAAGUCAGUCGUAUGAGAUGGUAGAAGAUGAUGAUUAUGAAGAUCACAUGGCGACUCCUAUGGGACUGGCUUUAGAUGUACAGGCUCCAUCAUAUCCCUUGCCAAGGGAUGAUGUCGAAUUCCAACCGUCCGACUCUCCUCCCAUGAGGACUGCCUCCAUAAGUCGAAACCUACCCCUCAAACACCCUACCCCAGACUUGCAUGCCAUCCAAGGCGCCUUGGCCAAGAAUGUCGAGCGUUUGGAAGAGUCUGCCGAAAGGUUAAGCAUGACCUCUAGCCUGGAAGAAGAACUGCAAAAGAUGAAGCAAGAUCAAAGGCGGAUAGAAAGACAAUCCUCUGCGCCAGUCACAUCUGAUCGUCCAAUCCGACCAUCCGUGCAAAGACAGUUUUCAACUGGCUCCUGGUCCAAUUCCAUCAUUGGUAUCAACCAGACCGCAAGACAUGGUGGCUAUUCACCUUCUGGCUAUAUUACCUCUCCAACAGGCUCCAUCUCUAAUCCCCAUAGCCUCGACAGACAUUCCUCAAAAGGAAGCCGUCGAGAGCAUUCUUUACCUGAACCUCUCUUAGAGGGACGCCCACUUGAUUUCGCUUCAGUUGCUCGCGCACCUGUUGCUAUCAUUCCAGACCAAGGGGUCACCGUGGCCUCCCCUGACGCACUCGACAACCAGAAUGUCAAUGAACGUCCUGCUACAUCAGCAUCCAACGAAACAUACCGACAGGCUGAAUUUGCUUUCAAUGACUUUGAUGGAGUGCAUUUCGAUCUCCCUUCAUCCAGAACCAACUCAUUCUCUCGCCGAAUUUCUCUUAAACAUCCUCCUCUGGCAAAAGACGCCAAGGCAUAUCGAGAAGUCCAGCCGGGUGAAAAAAUGAUAUACUACCCAGCCCCGGUCCCUGUCAUGCUCAACCUCCCCCAGCGGCUCUCAAAGGCCAAUCAAGGCGAGAAAGAAAGACGACGCCUUCAGGGCAUCAGCGGUAUACCUGCCGAGUUGCGCAAAUCCGCUGCCUGGUUGAAGGAUCAAGAUUCAACUAAAUUACAUGGCUCAAAGGAAAGUCUGAGCCUUCCUCCACAGCUGCGUGCCAGUGCUUUCUUCGAACAGCCUAGCAUAACCCAAAACCUUGAGCUGAAGAAUGGGUCCGCAGUUCAAACACUCGACAGUAUUCUGGAUGCUGCAGCAUAUGCACCUGUCAGUGCAUUCACUGAUCAUCCGAUCGCCGGUCAACUUGGAAAGGAGGUUUAUGGCCCUGACAGCCGUCCGCGGAAGAGCGUUCAGUUGCCGAAUGAUCAGACAAAGAAGCGACGCAACUCGAUGGGCAAUCUACUCAAAGUGAAACGCUCUUCUUCCGCCACCAUGCUGACACGCACCAAGUCGAGAGAUUCGAAAGUAAUGCUGGAAGGCGACGACUUUGCUAGCGGAGACGAGCUGGACCGAGCUACCGCGAAGGCUAUGGCUCCAGACGCCGAUGAAAUGGCAUCUGAUCAUGAUUCCGAUGACCAAGGCCAGACCUUUAAUGCUCCACCAACAACCCUGCUGGCCGAGCUGCAGAUGCGCAAGGAGCAACAAAAACUCCGAAACAGGACUGCCGCCAACGCCUUCCCCACUGGCAUGCACUCGACACUGUUGGAGUUGGAUGCAGUUACACAACUUCAACAAAAAGCUCGAAAAACUAAGCAUGUCACGUUAGCAUGGGAAGACCACGAGGAGGCGGACAAACAGAACUAUGACGACGAAGACGUUCCUUUGGGAAUGCUCUUUCCGGAGAAGGAUCGUGCCGAACAUUUCAACGCUCAUCGCCCCGUAGGCUUGCUCGAGCGACGCGAACGAGAAGAUAAUGAACCUCUGAGCCACCGACGCGCGAGACUCCGUGGUGAACCCUUACCCGCACCAGAUGCGGAUACAAAGAGUCAGCACGAAACAGUUAGUCGACCACCUGUCAUUGAAGAUGUCCCUGGAUUGUCGCAGCCGCCGUUACCGGAACAGGACGACGAAACGCUGGCUGAAAGAGCGGCAAGAAUCAAAUUAGAAAAGACAAAUGGCUCGGGAGGUCAAUUCGCCGCUGAGCUGACGGCCCAACUUGGCCUCGAUAUGGAUAAGGGAAAACCAUCUGCCACAACGCCGGAUCCCGAAGAGACCUUAGGCCAACGCAGGAGGAGGCUCAAGGAAGAGGCCCUGCGGAAUGGCGGCGGUUCUACGAGCAAACCACAACUGAGCUCAAUGCAUAGCCUAGCGGAUAUCUUGCACUCGCACCCCGUUGGCGUGCACGCCGCCCACGCCUCGAACAUGUCCUAUGGGACGCCAGUCUUGGAUACGAACCCCAUGCGUCAGAGCAGCAUGUUCAUGAAUCAGCCAUACGGAAAUUAUAGUCCUGCAAAUUUCCCUUAUAUGAGAAAUGCGUACAAUGCUUCGAUGCCAGCAAUGUACGCGGCCCCUCUCCCCAUGUAUAUGCAGAAUCAGAUCGCCGCUUAUCAACCCGGGUUCAGUCAGCCUUAUAUUCAGGACCCAAUGUCGGGCCCUCCCUUGGAUUCAAAACAGAGAGCGAAGAUUGACCAGUGGCGACAGAGUGUUGUUUAGCGAAAGGAUUGGAAACCGCCGUUGGAAGGACACCUCAGCUGCAAAGUGUCACGUGAAGGGUGUAUAUUCACGAAACCCAGUGUAUGAGUAUGACUAUGGCAACAAGGCUGAAGAUGAAUGAAAUGCGAAGAUGAUUACAGUAUAUCCGCAGCCAAUUC